AACGAGUGUCAAAAUAGAUUCGAAAACGAUACAUUAGCCGAUCAUUGAAUUCUGUSAAAGCCAUACUGCUGUAACCAAUCUAUCUCCUUGUUGUAUUUCACGCAAUCGAAAGAAAGGGUGCUGAUGCUACCAAACUGAAAUUCUGCAUGUUCGAAGUUUUUCUUGGAAGUCCAACAACUCCUACGCGAUCGAUUUUACAAUAUAUUGUGGCCGCUCUGCUCCUUCCUAUUUGUGCUUCACUGUCGACAACAAUACCGCCAACGAUGACGAAGGGAAAGGUCGUCAAUGCAAUGCAUUGGUUUCGAAAGGGUCUUCGGCUUUCCGAUAACCCGGCACUGKUAGCCUGUUUAGAACAARAGCCCAAGAACAUAUAUCCCGUGUACGUUCUCGACGGAAACUCGUACCAACUGCUUCGUUGUUCCCCUUUGCGGGCCAAUUUCUUGGUUGAAUGCCUGCAAGACUURGACAACAAUUUACGCACAUUGGGGUCUCGUUUGUACGUUCUUUCUGGAGAUCCAACCGUCGUUUUGCCAGAAAAGUGGGAGGAAUGGGAAAUCACCGAUUUGAGUUACGAAGAGGAUGAAACGGGAGAGCCCUAUGCAUUGCAGCGGGAUGAAAAGAUCGUCAAUCUGGCACAAAUUUCUGACAUCCGCUUGUUUACAGCACAGUCUGAGACACUCUAUCCGCUGAAAGAUUACGUUGCAAAAUCCGGAAAGAAACCCGUUCCAGGGACGAUGACGGCCUUCCAGAAGCUAUUUGGGGGAAUGCCAACAAUGAAGAAGGUAUUAUCGCAUCCUUCAAAGGAUCAAUUUCCACGAAACGAAAAUCUCGAUGAACUCUCGAAACUCUAUUUGCCACCGACACAUCCUACCGAUCUACCCUGGCCCAGAGGAAUUCCGAAGGCUGAGGUCGACUCCUUGUGGGAUGCGAGCGACUGUGUGAAUCUCGCGCCCGUAGUCCAUGGGGGAGAAACGUUGGCCCGGAAAGCUCUCAAGAAAAAGCUUAAAGAUGCUAAUUGGGUUGCCACCUUCGAAAAACCCCAAACAAGUUGUACAUCACUCGAACCUUCCACAACUGCCCUUGGUCCUUACUUGUCAUGGGGAUGCCUAUCGCCACGGGAAGUGUGGUUUGCAAUCGACAAGGCAAUAGCAAAAUCUUCUGUGACAAAAGUAUCGAAACCUCCCGUCAGYCUCCAUGGUCAGUUGCUCUGGCGAGACUUUAACAAUUUGAUGGCCCACGAUGCAAAUAUCCAUCACCCCGGUUCUUGGAAUCAUAUGGAAGGAAAUAAAUACUGCCGACAAAUCCCUUGGGACGACGAUCCAAAGUUGGUCGAAGCGUGGAAAGAAGGAAAGACCGGAUUYCCAUGGAUUGACGCUGCCAUGAGACAACUAGCGCAGGAGGGAUGGAUUCAUCAUUUGGGGCGGCAUGCCGUCGCUUGUUUUUUGACGCGUGGGGAUCUGUGGCAGUCGUGGGAGGAAGGAGCGAAACAUUUCGAGGCCCAGCUCUUGGAUGCUGAUUAUGCUCUSAAUGGUUUCAACUGGAUGUGGCUAUCUUGUAGUGGUUUCUUCUAUCAGUACUUUCGUUGCUAUUCACCUAUUUCAUAUCAGCAAAAAAAUGAUCCCACUGCAGAAUACAUCCGAAAGUACCUACCUGAGUUGAAGGAUGUGCCCAAGAAAUAUAUCUACUCGCCAUGGGAAGCACCGCCCUUGGUUCUGGAGAACGCAGGUGUUAGGCUUGGAAAGGACUAUCCGUAUCCCCUUGUCGACCACAAAAUUAUCGUCAAAGAAAACAUGGGACGAAUGAAGCAAGCUUAUGACGAUCACAAGGCAGUGGAGGCCGAAAAAGCCCAAGCAGCCAAAAAAGCUGCGGCGGCGAGCAAAAAGAAUUCUAGCAGCAGUAGUGCGCAGUCAAGAAAGAAGAGACAAAAAACAAAAUGAUCACAUUCAAUUCAACGAACUAGACAACUUGAUAGUAACAAUUUAUUUGAAGAAAAUUCGAGGGUGAAAGCUGACAUAUUAGAGCAUUUGCAAGGUACUACAAUUCAGUUUGCACAGUGACGAGUAUGUCAGUAGUCAAGAAGUUAACUCUACCGGUAACUGGAGGGAUUGACCGAUUUGGAAUUACAUUUAUUACUCGAACAAUAGAUAUGACUUGAUCGACAUCUAGAUUUGUCCUCAUUAUCAUCAUAUGACGCUGCCACAGUCAGUUCUUUUUGCAUCAAGCGACUUUCACUUUCCUCUGCUUCCCAUUCCAGUCUUGUGACACUAUGGUUGUUUUAUAUAUGAUGYCAUACGACUGUGACUGUUUUGAUGAAAAAUAGACCGUUUGGUAUGCGAUACUAAAAGUKAUGUCUGCUAGUUUGCAACUUUGAGUGGACGGGACUUUGAAUUUCUUCUCACAUUCUCCGUUUCACAAUUGAAAAAUAAACAUUCGUUGUAUUGUGUUCAUGAAGCCAUCUUCGUUGUGAUUUUGACAUUUACACUUUUUCCAUUCCAUUCCGCUUACAUGUAACGUCUUCGUUCCAAGAAAUUCCGGAAAUACAUGAUUUGCGCACCGGCAAUUGCUACCACGACGACUGAUUCCAAGACAACCCACCACAUGAGUUGAGUGAAGGUUUGCUCAACAACCUCUCUGUGCGUGUUUUCUCGUGCUCGCAUAUAUUGGUGAUGGGUCAUGAGAUUGGCCAUAGAUCGUACGAGUUCCCCCGCCGCUCUUUUAUUUCGGUCGUGUUGAGUGUGGAUGUGCUGGUUCUCGUCCGUUGCUUCCACGGUAUAUGCAAAGCCAACCGUCCUGGGUUUUCCAUCAUGGGACCGAGCUGUGGGCGACUUUCGUCCCCGCCCAGCUGUGACCAAUCCAUUUUGCAAGCAAAGAUUUACCUUCUGGUUCGCUUUGAGAUUGACCCGGAAGCUCCCCUCUGUAGCCCGUCGUCUCGAUCGAAAUAGAACGUGUUCCUCCUUUGCGUCGAUGACGACAACCGCUAGAGGUUCGGAGCUAAUGCUGUCGUCCAAGUGAUCAAAAUUUCCAUAAAGUAAACCACCCGCAGCCCCCGGGGAUGCAAUGAUGAAACAUUCUUCGUCUUUUGCGGGGACCGAUACGACGUAUGCGGCAUCAAUUAUCUGAGGAAAGAGYAUGACUAAACAUGUCACUAUCGC